UCUUUGAAAUCAAAAUCACUCUCUUUUUCUUAUUUUUCAAUUUUUGUCAAUAUUCAAAUCAUUUAUAACAAGAAAACAGACCCAGAUUUCAAGAAAGGCCAUUCUCUCUCUCUCUCUCUCACUCUCAUAUUGGUCCAUUAUUUUUAAAUUUGCUUACUUCAAUUCUUGAAGGGCAAAGAAAAUUGAAUCUACAAUAUUUUUUUUCUCAAAAGAAAAAAAAAAAGAAAGCCACCAGUUUUAUAUAGUAUAUAUAUUUUCAACAUCAAGCUUUGAAGCUAAAAAUAAGCAGUUCUUGUUUGAAACUGCAAAAGAAAGAGAAAAGCAAAGAAAUGGGUAUUGCUAAUCAAGAAGCAAUUAAGCAGUUUCAGUCUUUGAUGGACCAAAUAGAUGAGCCACUGAAAAAUACAUUUCAGAAUAUGCAUCAAGGUUAUCCAAAUGAAACAUUGGUUCGAUUUCUGAAAGCAAGAGACUGGAAUGUCGCUAAGGCCCAUAAAAUGUUAAUUGAUUGUCUAGAAUGGAGAAUACAAAAUGAGAUUGACAGCAUAUUGACGAAACCAAUCAUUCCAGCUGAUUUAUAUGAAGCAAUUCGAGAUUCUCAGCUUGUAGGGUUAUCAGGUUAUUCUAAAGAGGGUCUUCCUGUCAUUGCAAUUGGUGCUGGACUCAGUACAUUUGAUAAAGCAUCUGUGCAUUACUAUGUGCAGUCACACAUUCAAAUGAAUGAAUAUAGAGAUCGUAUAAUAUUGCCUUCUGCAACCAAGGAGUAUGGGCGGCAUAUUAGUACUUGUAUCAAAAUUUUAGAUAUGACUGGCUUAAGAUUCUCAGCAUUGAAUCAAAUAAAGCUAUUGACAGUUAUAUCUACAGUCGAUGAUUUAAACUAUCCCGAGAAGACUGAAACAUAUUAUAUUGUUAAUGCUCCAUAUAUAUUUUCAGCAUGUUGGAAGGUUGUAAAGCCCCUUUUACAAGAAAGAACAAGGAGGAAAAUCCAGGUUUUGCAAGGUUGUGGAAGAGAUGAGUUGUUGAAGAUCAUGGAUUAUUCAUCCCUUCCACAUUUUUGUAGAAAAGAAGGUUCUGGCUCAUCUCGUCGGACAGGGAAUGGAACUACAGAUAAUUGUUUCUCCUUGGAUCAUGAGUUCCACCAACAGCUAUAUAAUUAUAUCAAGCAGCAAGCUGCUCUUAUAGAAUCCAUUUCACCAAUCAAGCAGGGGUCAGUCCAUGUGGAUAUCCCUGAGCCGGACCCAGAAGAUGCCAACCUUGCCAAGACAAUAGAAUCCGAGCUCCACAAGUUUGGAGAUCUGAAUCGACUCUCUAACUCAUUAAAUGGCCUUAAAGUUAAUGGCCGCUAAAUCUUAGACAAUCACAAUAUUAAAAUCCUUGCUAAUACCACACCAGGCUAAAAUCUUGGUGGCUGAGUCAUUCCUGACUAGCUUUGAUGGCAGGUCUUUGUACUUCAGUUACCAAAAAUAUUACUGCUUUUCAUGCAUCAGCUCGAUGCAGGUUUAGCAAGACAAAGCUAAUAUUUUGUAGAUUUGAUAUAACCACUUUGAAGUGGGUGAUUACUCUGAUGCUAGAGCUAAAGCUAUUCCAUUAUCUGUCAUUUUAGCCGCUGCUGCCAGUAUCUUGUUGUCCCAUUCCAGCCAGUGAACUUAAUGUUGUAUAACUGCUCGAGUCAGAUCCUUUGGUGAUAAAAGGGCUAUAUUUUCAGAGGAAACUGAACACUUGAUGUAAAGUUUUUAUGAAAGUAACCUGAGAUGUAUAUUUCUUGGACACUAAAUCUCUCUCUGAAUGGAUCAAUGUUACAUUUAUAAACCCAAUUUGUAAGUUA